GGGGAACGUUCUCUAUUGUGUCGUAAAUUUCCCUUUUUUCCUUUGUGUUCUCGUUCUUCUCAACACUGUUGUUGAAACUUUAGGGUUUAAAUCUCUCUUUCUCCGGCGAGACAAAGAAACAUCUAAGAUUGAUGGGAACCAUAGACUUAAGUGCUGCUGCUUCAGAUGAAACCUCGAUUGCUGAUCUCAGCGGUCAAGUUCACCAGGUUCCUUGCUGCAUUAGAUUCGACGGUCCUUCUCAAGUUUCCAACUAUUUCAAGCCUAAAUCCAGUGAGGUGGAAGUUGAUGGAGUGAGAGCGGAGGAAGCUCAUUUCAGAGGAAGGAAGUUGCAGGGAGCAACUAUCUCUCUCCCUACUGGCUACUCUGGUUUUGUGCUUGGACAAGCGAGUAAUAAGAACGCCAAUGGGAAGAGAAAAGCUUCUAGUGACACAGAGGAGAAUCCGUGUUGGGAAGCCAAGGCCAAAUUCGAUAAGGUGACAUACUGGAAUCAUGACUCUCUUCCUUCGAAAGACGAUACCAUCUUGCGGUCUUUUCACUGGUUCAGCAUUUCAGAAGCGCUGCACAAGCCAGUGACAGUUGAGGACUUGGUUGCAGUAACAGAUACUCCCUCUGUACCAAUUUAAGUGAUGUUUAAACAUUUUUAUUUUGUUCCAUAAUAAGUGAUGUUCUCACUUUUCUAAAUAAAAUUUAAUGUCAAUUGAAAUUUGUAACCAAUUACAAAAUACUACAUGUUUUUCUUAUUGGUUAGACUGAUUUUAUUUAAUGCAAUUUUAUAUAAUCAAGAUAAAUUACAUA